UCCACACCAACACUUGUUUUUCUCAAAUUAAAUCCCCAAAUUUGAAGGCAUAAAGCUUCCUUCAAUCACAUUUCCAUGGCUUCACAAAAUGCAUCUGUUGCUCUUCUCCUCGCACUAGCUCUUCUCGUCCAAGCCGCUUUUGGAAACAUUGAGUGCGAGAAUUUGGAGAAGGAGUCGUGCGCGUACGCGGUGUCGUCGACAGGGAAGCGGUGCGUCCUUGAGAAGCACGUGCGGCGGAGUGGGGCAGAGGAGUACGCGUGCACGGCGUCGGAUAUCGAGGCGGACAAGCUGAAGAACUGGAUCGAGAGCGACGAGUGCAUCGAAGCGUGCGGCCUCGACCGAUCUGAGCUCGGAAUCUCCUCCGAUUCGCUACUGGAAGCGCGAUUCACUAAGCAGCUCUGCUCCAACCGCUGCUACGCCAACUGCCCCAACAUACUCGAUCUCUACUUCAAUCUCGCCGCCGGAGAAGGGGUGUAUCUGCCCAAAUUCUGUGAGGCGCGAGGAGCGAAUGCGCGCCGACAAAUGGCAGAGAUAAAAAGCUCGGGAUAUGCUGAAUCGCCCAUAGAUGACAACUCUGCUACCUUCUUCGGCUCCCCAGCAUUGGCUCCGACCAACUACUAAAUUGGGCUAAAUUUCUUCCCAGAUACUACUCCCUUAUUAUACAUACAGAAACACAAAUAAAGAUACAUAUAGUACUUACUGAUUGUUCUGUUAUUUUACAUGAAUAAAUUUUCAGUAGUUCAGUAUAUGGAAAUUUUUAUACUA